UACGUGUGAUGCUACGAUUUGGCGACUUCCAAUCUCUUAUCUACCAGCGUGUUCCGAUGAGAGGUCAACAGCAGACAGACAAGCAAAGGUGCGGGGUCGUACUGCCCGAUGUUGCAUAAUCACAAGUAUCAAUGUAGUGUUACACAGCCAAGGAAGUUUGACCGAGAGGUCUUCUUAAAUCCUUGUCUUACCUACCUUCAGGUCUCGAAAAUGACCCAUCUUAGACAAAACUCUCACGGACAGGUCCCUACAUCAUGGCCCCAAACGAUAGCAUUCUGGUUGGAACGACUAAUAUAUCGCAAGAUCAGAGGUCUAUCGAUGCUCCACGCAGACCUUGGAGCCGAAGAAGCUAUUCUGGGACCUUGGGCUUUAAUCUCUGUGCCUUCAUUCUGCCUGCACUCUAUGGAACACUCAGCAAACUUUGGGUCGCCAACAUCGACUCCUCUAUGGUUGUGACUACUGAUGUCUACACCUAUAUCGGUGUGGUUGCCGAAGUCUUGAAUGAAGGUCUCCCCAGGGCUUCCUGGCUGAUCAUCGGAGACAGAGCGAACAGAUCCAUUUCUGCAAGAUACAGUCUUUCCUUCACUCUGAUCAUUAUCCAAAGCAUACUCGGAUUGGUCAUGUCGAUCGCGUUUGUGCGAGCAGCGUCUCUGACCUAUAUCCGCAUAUCUGCAUUCUCGGCUCUGUCGUCGGCCAUCGAAACAGCUGUCUCUACUAGCACUAGAGCUCUCGAUAAACCAGAUGUGCCUUUGAUCAUAUCGACAGUCAAAUUCUUGAUCAAUAUAGUUCUUGACCUCUUGAUCAUCUCCAAGGUCCAUGUUGGCAACUUCACGCCAACAGUCAACAUGCAAGCUGCUACACAAUUGGCAUGUAACAUGGCUGCCGCCUUGUUUGGUCUUGCUUACUUCUGCUUCGUCACAUUCAGGACAGAUCGGCAGCGAGUAACGACACACCAAUAUGAUCCCGUCAGACCGAGUCUCGCAUGCUUGAAGACACUCGCAAGGCCUGGUGCAUUGACUUUUGCGGAAUCCGCUAUCCGCAACGCUGUCUACCUUUGGCUGGUCAAUGGCAUCGUGGCAAUGGGAUCCGACUAUGCCACUGCUUGGGGAGUCUUUUCUUCCAUCAGAUGGGGUCUCAUCAUGGUACCAGUCCAAGCACUCGAAGCAACCACACUAGCCUUUAUCGGCCACUCAUGGGGAGAGUGGAGGAAAGAAACCGGCACAGAAAGACGGCCAAGAGCAUCACGAGACAAACUAUACGAGAUCAUCCGACCAGCACUGUGGUCAUGCCUCAUGGCCUUGGCUAUCGAAAUACCUCUUUGUAUCUUCAUGUCAGAAUACGGAGCCCGUCGCUUCGCCUUCUACCUCUCCGAAUCACAAACCGUUUCUCAGAUCACCGCGAAGAUGUGGAGGACCAUCGAUUGGUGCUAUAUCUUCUACGCUCUCUCCACACAGUUGGCUGCCAUCCUCCUAGCUACCAGACCUCGAUGGUAUCUCUACCAGAGUUUGAUCUCGAACCUACUCUGGGUCAUGCCCUGGGCUAUCGUGGUGAGCAAAGCACACAUCACGCCUGAGGAUGCAUGGACAUACCACUCAAUCGUGUUCGGUGGAUCUCUUGUCUUCAGCUUCUUUGAUGUCUUGGUCGUUGAUCUCGUGUGGGCGUGGGCAUUACUGAGAGGUACAAUGCGUCUGCCGGCAAUUUACUGA